GGCGGCGGGCCGGGCCCUGGCGGCGGUGGGUAGGAGCGGGCCGGGAACGUCGGAGCGGGGCGGAGCGGGCCGGAGCGGAGCGGGCUAGGCCGGUAGCCGAGCAGUCACGGCGGGCUCCGGUUGUCGGCGGAGAGCGCCAUGGCGGAGACGAUCAUAAUCCGUGUGCAGUCACCCGAUGGAGUGAAACGCAUCACAGCCACCAAGAGAGAAACGGUGGCAACGUUCCUCAAGAAGGUUGCAAAAGAGUUUGGUUUCAGGAAUAAUGGAUUUUCCAUCUACACCAAUAGAAACAGGACAGGAGAGAUUACAGCAUCACAAAACAAGUCCCUCAGCUUACUGAAAAUCAAGCAUGGUGAUAUGCUGUUUCUCUACCCCUCGAGCCCAGCUGGCACCUCCUCAGAGACCAUGGACACCUCUGUCUCCCAAAACUUGAGGCCCGUGGGUGCCCCCCAGGUGGUGGAAGAUGAGAUUGACCAGUAUCUCAUCAAACAGGAUGGGAAGAUCUACCGAAAUCGAGACCAGCAGCUGUGUCACCACAGCCCCUUGGGUAAAUGUGUCCACUGUGUACCUCUGGAGCCUUUUGAUGAAGAUUAUUUAAACCAUCUGGAACCUCCUGUGAAGCACAUGUCCUUCCAUGCCUACAUCAGGAAGCUGACCGGUGGGGCAGACAAGGGGAAAUUUGUCGCCCUGGAAAACAUCAGCUGCAAGAUCAAGUCAGGCUGUGAAGGGCACCCUCCUUGGCCAGAAGGCAUCUGCACAAAGUGCCAGCCCAGUGCCAUCACUCUCAAUAGGCAGAAAUACAGGCAUGUUGACAACAUCAUGUUUGAGAACCACACAAUUGCAGAUCGCUUCCUCGACUUCUGGAGGAAGACAGGAAACCAGCACCUCGGGUACCUCUACGGCCGCUACACGGAGCACAAAGACAUCCCUCUGGGCAUCCGGGCCGAGGUCGCUGCCAUCUACGAACCCCCCCAGAUCGGUACCCAGAACAGCCUGGAGAUCCUGGAUGAUCCAAAAGCAGAGGUGGUGGAUGAGAUCGCUGCAAAGCUUGGGCUGAGAAAGGUUGGUUGGAUAUUCACUGAUCUGGUCUCUGAGGACACACGGAAAGGGACUGUUCGAUACAGCAGGAACAAGGACACCUAUUAUCUGAGUGCAGAAGAGUGCAUCACAGCUGGCUACUUUCAAAACCAGCAGCCCAACAUCUGUCGCCUUUCCCCAGAUGGACAUUUUGGAUCCAAGUUUGUCACAGUUGUGGCUACAGGUGGUCCCGACAACCAGGUCCACUUUGAAGGGUACCAGGUCUCCAAUCAGUGCAUGGCACUGGUCCGGGAUGAGUGUUUGCUGCCCUGCCGAGAUGCGCCAGAGCUGGGCUAUGCCAAGGAGUCCAGCAGCGAGCAGUAUGUGCCUGAUGUGUUCUAUAAGGACAUAGACAAGUUUGGCAAUGAGAUCACGCAGCUGGCUCGCCCACUCCCGGUGGAGUACCUAAUCAUAGACAUUACUACGACCUUCCCCAAGGAUCCAGUCUACACUUUUUCUAUUUCUCAAAAUCCGUUCCCUAUUGAGAACCGUGACGUGCUGGGAGAAACUCAGGACUUCCACAGCUUGGCCACAUACCUGUCCCAAAAUACUUCCUCUAUUUUCCUGGAUAUCAUUUCCGAUUUCCACCUGCUGCUCUUCCUGGUCACAAACGAGGUCAUGCCUCUGCGGGACAGCAUCAGUUUGUUGCUGGAGGCUGUGAGGACAAAGAAUGAGGAACUUGCACAGACAUGGAAAAAAUCGGAGCAGUGGGCUACCAUCGAGCAGCUCUGCAGCACAGUCGGGGUCCAGAUCUCAGGACUGCAAGACUAUGGUGCCAUGGGCGGCUCGACGCACGCUGCCUCAGCGGCCAUGUGGGCCUGCCAGCACUGCACCUACAUGAACCAGCCUGGCACGGACCACUGUGAGAUGUGCAGCCUGCCCCGGACCUAGCCACGCUGGCAGACUCCAGAGUAAACCCUCAAGCAGCAGGAGUGGUGCUUGUUCCUCCCCCAUCCUCUCUUCUGCUUCCCCACCCCCAUCAGCCCCCACCCCGGGGUGUGAAGCUGGGCAGGGGGUGGCUCCAACCCUCCCCCUUUAAUCCUUGCUCCCUUGCAGUCGCAGCAGGAGCUGGGCACCCUGGCUUUACCUUGGUUAACCAAAUGCUUAACCUCAGCCUUUACCCCGCACAGCCGGGCUGUCCCCCAGCCACCCCCAGCUGCUGUCUGAGCCUGCUCCUGGCAGGGCUCAGGGCCUCUGGAGAUGCUCCUGGGGGGAGCUCAGGGCUCCUGGGUGAUACACCCAGCUAGGGCGACCUCCUUCCUUGUCUGCUCACCUGCCCACAGCAGCCUUGAGGAGAUGGUAGGGAGGCUUUGGUGCCUCCCUGCCUGCAGCUUUGCUCCCCUUUCCCAGCCGUGGGUGCCCAGGUGCCGACAGCUUCAGCGCUAAACGGCGCGGGCAGAGUGAGCAGACGGCUGUUACCGGCGCUGGGCCAGAUGGCAGCUCUGCCAGGCUGGGCCCUGUGUGUUGGCACGGCUCCCAAAGCACGACGGGCCCCUCUUUGGCACCAGGCAAGGGGUGGGCAUGUGCCAGCUCUUGGCUUGGCACUGCUCCCGUGGUUCAGAGCCGUGCUCGGUGUGGCAGAGAUGCUUCAGCAUACGGCUGGGCACACCCCAUGUCCUGUUCACUGCAAAGGCUGUGCAGGGGUGUCUCCCACCCUGUGUGCCAUGUUACCCCCCAGAGUGCUUCAGCUGCUGGGGAAGGUGCAAGGUGCCCUGGACAGCAGCUUGUGCCUUCCUUUGUAGUGAGGCCAUGCUGGGGGAGCCACAUAACUCGAGCGCCUACCCACGUUCCCUGGCUGGGCAAAGGAGCCAGCCUGUGCAGCUGGCACCUUGCCCUGUGCCCAUGUUCCAUGGGAGCAUGUCCUCCCCAUUGCAGAGCCAGAGCUGGGGGUCACACCAUGCUCUUCCUGAUCUUGCUUCCCAUUUAGACUCAAAGAGGUUGCCCCAUGCCAGGCUGCUGAGCUGGAGAGGGGGCAGCUUGUGGUGCCUCAAGAACUCUGUCUUGGCUUGGAAACUUUUUGCUCCAUGGGUUCAGGCCAUGGUCAGAUCUCUGGGGCACCACUCCUGGCCUCAGAAGGAGAUGUGAGGCCCUGUCUUGCACAAGGAUAGCAUUGUCACUACCUUCUCUGGCCAGGCAGCGUGGCAGGGAGCCCUGGUACCCCCAGCGGUGUUAGCGGAGUGGCCACCCGGCCCCGCGGCAGGGCUCACAGGCUGCGGUUUGCUUUUCCCCUGGGUUUGCUGGUGUUUGGGGUCGCAGUGGUGUUGCAGUGCCUGGACUGGGCUGACCUGAGCCCAGGGUCUGCGAGUAACGAAUAAAAUCAUCUGAAAUGAGA